AUGGCCAACAUUGUCAAGUGGCCGCCUGUCGGGCGCGGCUCGCCACGCGGCAGGCAGAGGCUGAUUCAAUACUGGAGAAGCCAUCCGUUCAGGCUGGCCAUUGCCAACACCUUCUGGGAGUAUACGGAGCGCACCAAGGUGAGCGGCAUGUGGCUGCUGCGACGCAAUCGCACGCAAGGCUUGUCCAGAUUGAUUUGGUCGUCGGUGCUGGUGCAGCUGCUGCUGCUGAGCAUCUUUCUGACGCUGCUGCUUUGGUUAAAGUUCUACUCGUAUCCCAUACUGAACACCAUUUCGAAUGAUUUGUCCAUCACGGAUGUGGCUUUUCCCGGCGUCACCAUAUGCAGUCCUAAGACGGUCAACACGGAACGCGUCCACCGCUACGUCCGAACGCUCCAGAUACCAACGGAGUAUGAUGUAGCCGAUGUGGCAGCUGGAUUUGAGUUUCUCAAUGCCUUCACGGAUCAGAGUUUUGUGCCACCAUCGCACGAGAGCUACAAGGUUACAGAUGCUGUGCUGCGCCUAAACAAUGUGUCCAUCUGGGAGGCUGCCAUGGCUGUCAGUCCGGGUUGUGUGGACUUUGUGAAGCGCUGCUUCUGGGGCUACACGGAGUUUCCGUGUAACCAGACCCACGAAUAUUUAUCCUUUAUACCCACAACGGCAUUCCUUGGACCCUGCUGCUCGUUCAACUACAAUCCUCGCAAUGCCAGCUUUCUGCCCUUCUCCGCCAAUAUCUUUGGCUUGGACGGCGGUCUCACCUUCAUUGGCGCUGAGGGCUCUGAGCGCAAUUUGAGCACCGGUCUCAUUGUGCUUGUUCAUCAUCCCAUGGAUUAUGUAACCGAGACAACUGCAUCGGUCACCAUAACAGCCAGAUCCGAGAGCUUUGUCGAGGUCUCGCCCACCGUGCAGACCUCCUCGAUUGAGGUGCUCGAGCUGCCGGAGAGCAAACGCGAUUGCCUCAUCUCGGAUGAUGUGCAGCAGCGCAACUAUCGUCAGGCAUCCUGCCUGCUGUCCUGCCAGACGGAGGCCAUUGGCAAGCGCUGCGGCUGUCAUCCCUAUUUGCUGCCCAUUGUGAGUGAAAAGUUCAAGGAGUGCAACCUAAACGAUACCUUCUGCUACUCGGAUAACUAUGACAAUUUUAAGAGCGUACGCUGUGAUCAGUGCUUGCCAAAUUGCUAUGACGUUACGUACUCAACGCUUUCCUAUAAAACAGAUCUCAACCUGCAUCAGUUCUCCGUGAGUAACUUUUACACGACGGAGCUGCUCAACAAUGACAGCUUUGUGUUGCGCGUCUAUUUGGCCAAGCAGGUGGUGCCUGUGAUACGAAAGGUGACAGUCAUGUCGUGGAUUGGACUGUUGUCUGACUUGGGCGGAAUUUUUAAUCUGUGUCUGGGUCUGAGCAUGAUAUCCAUUGUGGAGUUCUUUUACUACUGCACUUAUCGCUUAUACGUAAACUAUCAGCAGCAAAGGGAGCUGCAUCUAAAACAGGCUUGGAAAUAG